AUGCUUCGCAAGACCCUUUUUAGUGCCGGUACAGUGGCUAUUGGCGCUGCCAUGCCUAUGGUUGCAUUCGCCGACAACAAGUACAAGCCAGUAUACGAUGACGAUGUGAAAGAAAUCAAAAACCCUUUGCCUGGUACUGUUCUUCCCGGGAAAGAGGUGGAGACUGCCAUUUCCAAGACCGAGGCCAAGAUCGAUCAAGCACUUGACUUGCAAGUUCAAAAAGUCAGUGGUUUCAACAUCCAGGUCCCUGAGGCACUCAGUAAAUAUGUGCAUGUGACUCGCGAUUUCGUCAAUGAUGUCACGCAGAAGGUCGAGGCUAAGAGCUCCGAUCUUUUCAGCCGCUAUAUUCAGGGUGAGCGUGGUCUUACGCAGACCAUUGCUAGUUUAAAAGCACCCGGUGAAGACGUUUUGCCCAAUGCCAUUUAUAUUCUCAUUGGCGGUUUGAGCGGCUCUAUUUUUGCCCGCCGUUCCAACGUUUUUGUCCGUGGACUCGCGCCCGUGGUUGUUGGUGUUGGUGCUUUUGCCUACUUCAUGCCUCAGACUUUUGCCAACACUCGUGAUCUGGCCUGGCGCGAGGAAAAAGAGCAUCUUCCCCAGCUCGCUGAGGCUCAUGCUGCAGCAGAGAAACAGGUCGCUGAGCUCAAGAAUUCAGCAAUUGACGCUGCUAAUAAGAGCGAGUCUAAACUACGGGCCGGUGUGAACAAGGCCCGCAAGGUUUUCAAAGACUGGACCGGCGUUAAUUUGCCUUGA